AUGGGAGUGAAGAAGAAUCCAUCAGCAUCUGAAGAGAUUCAUCUACCUGGACCACAUCCGGCAAGAGGAAUUUACGGUUUUGCACUUUAUAUUGUAUCUUGGUGUUUAUUGAUUGCUUAUUUAUUUUGGGCAAUUGUUCCAGUUCCAGUUUUACACAGUUUAGGUAACUCCUUUUGUUUUUUUUUUUUUUUGAAAAAUUAUAUAUUUUUUCAGGAAUAACAUAUUUUCCAUCGAAACUUUGGGCUCUUAUAAUUGGUUUUACUCUUCCUUUCCUUGUUAUUUUAUACAUUUUGAUUGUUUUCUCAAUUAAUUGUUGGAGAUUUGGCGGGUAUUCGAUUUUCAAAAACGUGGAGGUUUGUUUGAAAAAUUUAAAAGAAAAACGAUUUAUUUCAUUUCCAGGAAGUUCAAAACGAUUUUGGUGAACGAACUUCGGAUACACCAAUAAACGUAUCACCGGCAAAUUCAGUUAUUCGAAAAAACAAAAAGAAAAUCGUGAAAAAAUGUUGAGAAUUUCAAGAAGGUUUUUGGCAACAAGAGCUGAAAUUCGAAAAACUCUCGAAUCUGUGAAAAGAACAAGUAUUAAUCGGUCAGAGAAAAUUGGAGAAAUUCAUAAAAUUUGGCAGGAAUUUGAAAGAUCUGAAAUUGCAAAUGAAAAUGUUAUAAAAGCAAAAGAUGAUUAUAUGGCAGAAUCAAUGAUUGGAGAAAUGUUUUUGAAAAAAGACAAGGAUUUUGCAAAGGUUUUGAAGAAGCGGGAAUAUUUGAACAAAAUUGAUGAGAAGAAAAUAGAGGAAAAUAAUAUUGAAGUGCAGAAUUUUCCAUUGAAAUCGAAUUCGAUUGUUGAAAUGGUUGAGAGUAAAGGAUUUGAAGAAAAUCAAGAAGAAAAUGAAAUGGAUCGAGGAUUUUAUAUUGAAGCUGAUGUUUUGGUUGAUGAAUAUGUGGCUGGAAGUUCGAUGGAUUUAGAUCCUGGAGAUGAUAUGGUGUAAGUUUAAACAUGUUCAGAUUUUUUGUAAUAAUGAUGGCUAAUUUUGACAAAAUAAAUAAAUGUGAUUUUAAGACAUAAAAAUUAUGACAGUUCAGGACAAUUGAAAGGUCAAACAAAUGAAAAUUCAAAGUUUCAUACUUAAAAAUAUUAGCGUACAAUUUGUAAAUUUGAAAAGCACGAUUCUGGUCGGAAUGUGACUAUAUCCCUUAUCCGAAUCAUUUUCUCAACCAUUUUUUUCAGCUCUUCUCGUCAAUAUUUUGGUUCUGAUGAUGCUGUUGAACAAAUUUCAUUCCAACUUCCUGGACAGAAAAAUCGAGAAAAAGAUGAUGAUUAUUCAUCUGUAAGUUCUAAAAUUGAAAUUUAAAAUCAUAUAUCUAAAAUUUCUUCAGAGUCCCGAAAAAGACAUUGAACCUGAAAUCACUGGAACAAUUGUUGAAGAAAUGCCAGCUUCGAGUCAACAAUGUUCAGGUUGUGGAGCAAAUUUUCAUUGUAAAGACAGUUCGCUUCCCGGUUUUGUUCCUUUGGAAAUUUUUGAAGUUUUGGAAUCAAAAAAGAGAACAAAAUCGAAAACUUCACUGUGUAAACGAUGUCAUCUUUUGCAGGAACAUAAUUUCUUGGUCAGUGUUUUUGAACAGAAUAUUUUUUUAAAGUUGAUUUCAAAUUUUCAGUUGAAUGUAAAUGUUUGCGAUGUUGAUUAUUCUUCAAUGAUGAGUGAACUCAAAAAACAACCCGAAUCAUUAAUUCUUCUCGUUGUUGAUGUCACUGAUUUACCAGGAAGUAUUUAUCCGAAAUUAGCCGAAGUUAUUGGUAGUCGAAAACCAAUGAUUGUUAUUGGUAAUAAAGUUGAUUUAUUACCACCGGAUGCAAAAACAGGAUAUAUGUACAGGUUCAAAACUACGGUUGAAAAAGCAAUCGAAAAAGCUGGUUAUCGAGAUUCUUUCAAUAUUUUGCAUACGGCUUUGGUUAGUGCAAAAACUGGAUAUGGAGUUGAAGAUUUGAUCACUGAAAUUUAUAUGAAAUAUACAAAUGUGAAAAUGGGAAUGAGAGGAAAUAUAUUCCUGGUUGGAUGUACGAAUGCCGGAAAAUCGUAAGUUUUUUUUUAACUGAAAAUUAACUUUUGGAUAUUCAGAAGAUACGAACCUUGUCAAUUUUAACAUCUUCUUAUGUUUUUAUAUUUAAACAUUUUUCAAAAAUGAACUAUGAUUUUUACAAUGCUCAUAUGUUCCAGAACAAUGUUCAAUGCACUUCUUCAAUCUGAUUUAUGCAAAGUUCGAGCUGUUGAUUUAGUCGAUCGAGCAACAACAAGCAUUUGGCCAGGAACAACAAUUUCACUGCUCAAAUUUCCUGUCAUGAAACCAUCGCCAUAUAAAUUAGAAAUGAGAAGAAGACGACUUAUGGCCCAUCGAGCAUGGAUGAAAAAAGAAAUGCAUUCUCGAAAACUAUUACUUGAACAAACUGGAGAUGAUCGAUAUGCAAUUCCAACUGCAGUUAUACAAAAUACAUUUAAAGAUUCGGAAGAAGAAUUACAACCAAUGGCAUUGAAAGAAUUAGAAGGUGGAAAUGAAAAUGGAAAUGGAAAUGGAAAAGAUAAUAAAGGAUGGACACUUGAAGAUUCAAUAUUUGUUAAAGGAAAAUGGUGUUUUGAUACACCAGGAACUGUAAAUAAUAAUCAAUGUUUAUCAAUGUUUACAUUGGAUGAAUUGGUUAAUGUAAUUCCAAGAAGAAUUCUUCGACCAAGAACUGCAAUUGUUAAAAAAGGCGAAAGUUUAUUGAUUGGCGGAGUUGCGAGAAUUGAUAUUAUUGAAGUAAAAGAUAGUGUUUUAUUGACAACAUUUGCUAAUUCAAAAUUGCCAUUAAAUGUUAUGCCAACUGAAGAAAUUAAUGGAUUUUUGGAAAAAUGGUCGAAAACUUCAGCUCUUAUUGUUCCGAAUGGUAUGUUAAUCUAAAAAAUAGGAAAAAUUAUGAGAAAAUAAUCCGGUUGAAGUUUUUGAAAAAUAGUAAAACAUCUUUAAACUUGACUAAAAAUUAUUUAUUUUUUCACAAAUCUUGGAAUUUCAGUUUUCAUUAAUUUUUGAUUUAAUGAACCCCUGAAAAAUCAAAUUUUUCACAGGCGGUGCUCAAAGAAUGUCUGAAUGGCCUGGCCUUGGAACAGGACGAAUUUUCGAAAUGCACGGCCGAAAAAAUGAAGGAUGUUGUGAUAUUGUUCUUUCAUCAAUUGGUUGGGUUAUGGUAACUUCAGAUCGAGAUGUCAAAUUAUCAGCAUUUUCACCGGAUUCAAAAGGUCUAACAGCUCGAGUUCAACCAAUUCUUCCAUUUUCGGCGAAUUUGCGAGGAAAACGAACUGCUGGAACAAGUUUCUAUAAAACCGAACCGAUUGAAUUUCCUGUAAAUCUCAGAAGACAGAAAGCCAAAAAUCGAGGAAAAUCCAAAAAUUAA